UUUAGCUUCCUCUAUCUGUCUCCACACGUCGCCGCCAUUAAAGCACAUAAACACACACCAUAUCUCUCUCUCCCACUCCGCUCAGCCGGCUGUUGGAAAGGAUUUGGACCCUCACACAGGAUUAAAAGUCAGGGUUUCUUUGUGGAUUUGUCUCUGUGAGAGAAUGAAGAUGAAGAUGUAAAGUGGAUAAAAGCGGCUGGGGUUUUGUUUUGGUGCUCGGUGUCCCAGAGAGAAGAGAAGAGGAAGAGCAGGAAAGCUUGGUGGAAUUGACACCAGCAGUAGUGUGUGUGUGUGUGUGUGUGUGUGAGAGAGAGAGAGAGUGUAAGAGAGACUCAUCAUGACAGAUCCUCGUAUGAAGUGGGCGUGUGAAUACUGCACUUAUGAGAACUGGCCCUCUGCUAUAAAGUGCACUAUGUGCCGAGCUUCGCGCCGCUGCACCGCCAUCAUUGCCGAGGAGCUGAACGAGUUUAAGAGUAACUCUGUGCACGGUGGCGCCGUCGACGACACGGGAACCAGCAGUUUGAUCAUCUGCCCCGAUUCCAGCGCCAGGCCCCGGGUGCGCCCGUGCCGUCCGUCAGAACCCGUCAGCCACGCGUCGGUCUCGCACCCUAACGCGGACUAUAACGAUAGAAACCGUCUGCACGCUCCCAGAUGGAGCUGUGCCAUGUGCACCUACGAGAACUGGGCGGAGGCGCCGAGCUGCACCGUGUGCGAGCACCCGCGGCCUAACGAUGCCUCGCCCGUCAUCACUAACCAGCUGGAGCAGGGAGGAUGGAGGACGCGGAGGACGAGGACGUCUCCACCCGUCUCCUCGGAGCGCGACGCGGACGUCCACAUUCAGGACAUCGAGGUGGGAGCACAUGGCUGUGAUGAGGACCUUAAAAAGCUCAAACAGAUCAAAAACCGAAUGAGGAAGAGCGACUGGAUGUUUCUCAACGCCUGUGUGGGAGUGGUGGAGGGUGACCUGGCUGCAGUGGAGGUGUAUAAGUCGUCAGGUGGAGAUAUCGCUCGUCAGUUGUCUUCAGAUGAAGUGCGUCUGUUAAACCGUCCCUCGGCCUUCGACACUGGGUUCACGCUCGUCCACCUCGCCAUCCGAUUCCAGAGGCAGGACAUGCUCGCUGUCCUCCUGACUGAGGUGUCCCAGCAGGCGGUGAAGUGUAUCCCAGCGAUGGUGUGUCCUGAGCUGACGGAGCAGAUCCGCAGAGAAAUCGCCGCCUCUGUACACCAGAGGAAAGGAGACUUCGCCUGUUACUUCCUCACUGACCUCGUCACCUUCACUCUACCUGCAGAUAUUGAAGAUUUGCCUCCCGCGGUUCAGGAGAAGCUGUUUGAUGAUCUGCUCGACCGUGAUGUACAAAAAGAGCUGGAGGAGGACGAUGCGGUGAUUAACUGGUCUCUGGAGCUGGGUUCUCGAGUGGACAGUCGCCUGUACGCUCUGUGGAACCGGACGGCCGGGGACUGUCUUCUCGACUCGGUGCUGCAGGCCACGUGGGGCAUCUACGACAAGGACAGUGUCCUCCGCAACACACUGCAUGACAGCUUGCACCACUGCUCACACUGGUUCUACACUCGGUGGAAGGAGUGGGAGUCGUGGUACUCGCAGAGUUUCGGCCUUCAUUUCUCUCUCAGAGAGGAGCAGUGGCAGGAGGACUGGGCCUUCAUCCUGUCCCUCGCCAGCCAGCCCGGAGCAAGUUUGGAGCAGACACACAUAUUUGUCCUUGCACACAUCCUGCGUCGGCCGAUUAUAGUUUAUGGAGUGAAAUAUUAUAAGAGUUUCCGCGGAGAGACGCUGGGCUACACUCGCUUUCAAGGGGUGUAUCUGCCUUUGCUAUGGGAACAGAGCUUUUGUUGGAAAAGCCCUAUCGCCCUCGGUUACACGAGGGGCCACUUUUCAGCGCUGGUCGCCAUGGAGACCGACGGCUACGACAAUCGCGGCGCAGGCGCCAACCUCAACACUGACGAUGACGUGACGGUGACAUUCCUCCCGCUGGUGGACAGUGAAAGGAAGCUGCUGCACAUCCACUUCCUGUCAGCUCAAGAGCUGGGGAGCGAGGAGCAGCAGGAGAAGCUUCUGCGUGAGUGGAUGGAUUGCUGCGUGACGGACGGAGGGAUGCUCGCUGCCAUGCAGAAGAGCUGCAGGAGGAGGAACCAUCCUCUCGUCACGCAGAUGGUGGAAAAAUGGCUGGACGGGUACCGGCAGCUCCGCCCAUGCCCCGCCCUUUCAGAUGGAGAGGAAGAGGAGGACGAGGACGACGAGUGACAGGCGAAGGACAAAGGAUGAAGAUGAAGAUCAGAGAGAAGGAAACCAUCCCUGCUAAUAGACACCUUGUACUUCACAUCAGAAGAGCCCACACACACACACGCACAAAUAUAUUGGGUCAUUUUCACACCCCCGUUUCCCAUAAUGCAAUGCAAAUCCUGCAGUCCAUCUCAACCCCAAACCAAAAAAAAGUGCUAUUUCUUCUGCCCGUAAAUAAUAUCAGUGUAUUUAUCUGAGUAAUGGACUGUACCAGUGUCCGAGUCGUAAUGCAUGCGGUUCUGUCCACAGUGUGUAUCAUGAACCUCGGUAAAGGACGUGGACUUUCUCUAGGAUCUGUAGCACACACUUACAAAUUCUUUAAGAUGAAAUAAAAAACCUCCUUGUGCUCUGUCUCAAAUUUUACAAACUCUAGCGAAUGUUUAAUUUUAGUUUAAAAGAAGGAGGAGAGAUGUUUCAGGUGGACUUCAUCUUCAGAGAGAGUGGUCAGGAUGUUGCAUGACGUUUGACUGUAUCUCAUACACACACACACACACUAAAAAAAUAUAGAAAUAUAUAUAAAAGUGUUUUUAAAGUC